AGUAAGGUGGAGGAGGAGGGCCAGAUGAGCGUUGCUGUCCAACAGCAGUCAGCUGCUCAUAGGCUAAAAGUUGGAACGGAGUCAUGCUGGUUAUUUCACUGCUUAGCUGGUUAUCACCCUGAGAAAAGAUGAUCUCAAGAAAGCAUACUAGUAAAUUAAAGCUGCAGGUUAUAGCAGGGGGUGAAUAAAACGAAUAACAGCCAGGCGGCAGUGAUGUUUGGAACUGGAGAAAUCACACCUACUUAAUGCUUAUACAGUUAAGUAAUAUGUGCAUGUUUUCAACCAAACUUCGUUAUGGUGAAAGGUAUCUCCGAAUUAUAUCUCUCCUAACAAAUAAUGGCAAUGAAGAAUCGAUAAUACUCAAUCAGCAGAAAUUUUGAGAAUGUAAACAAUAUCAAAAGCAAAUGAUGUACAUGACGAUGAUUAUAUUCUGUAAUACCGUAAUGAUAUGAUAAUAGUAAUACUGUUAUAUGAUACAACAAGCAAAACAAUCUUUAUUUAAAUCAUCAUUAUUAAUAUAGUUGUACUGUUUAAUUUUUGCAAGUAAUCACUUUUCUCCAAAAAAAACAUUUUGAUUUGUAAUUUAGUUGUCCCAACUACAAAUAUGAGAUAAAUUCAUGAAAAUUUACCAUGAUUUUUGGCCUCGUCUUAUCUAAAGGCCAUCUUAUAUGCGGAAAUAUAUGGUAAUACACUAUUGACGGUACAUACACAAGGGUAAAUAAAGAUUGAUUCACAAAACUAGGUUAUAAGAAUAUACCGUAUCAACACACUAAGCUUAAAUCAAUCAUAAACGAGAGGGGAAACUCCCUCACAAAGCAUUGGAGCUACAAGCCAAUCAGCAAGUAGCAAAGCUGGUAACCUGCUGUGUGAUUGGCUACUUCCAACCCUUCCAGCCAACAAGUUGUUGUGCAACAAGCCAAUCAGCAACCAGAGAAGCUGGUACCCUGUUGUGUGAUUAACCACUUCCAACCCUUCCAGCAUAUAGUGGGUCAUCAUGGGGACUAUGGUGAAAAAAAUGACAAAUUUUUAACCAAUUUGUAUUUUUCAUAACUAACAAACCUGAGGUCUUACAUUAAGAUAAUACUUGCGCCAAGCUGGAAACAGGUAGAAUUAAUAACAAACUUGUGAGAUCCAGGGACUAUUGGCAUCUAUUUCAGGUCAUGGGGUAUUGUAGUUCCCAGAAUGCCCUUGGCAUUUCAUGACCCAUCAGUUACUCUUCCAACCCAGUUUAGACUGUUAGAGGGGUGGUUAGAGGUGGGCCUUAUCUGUUAAGACCUCAGGUUUGUUAGUUAUGAAAAAUACAAAUUGGUUAAAAAUUUGUCAUUUGCUCAUAUACGAAACAAACCUUCAGUCUUAACAUUAGGAUAGACUUACUUAUUGGUGGGAGGUAAGUCUCUAUAACCGACUGGGAGUUUUCCACCUUUAUCCAUUUCUGAAUAGUAGAUGUAUUCUAAGACAAUGGACUAUUAACCUCUGAACCAAAGAUAUAUGAGAAUCUAUUGGUUUCCCUCUCUGGGUAUUCAUACAAUGCCAUGGUUUAUUGCAUUACGGAAGGUGGAGAGCUAUCCGUUCUCAUUUUGAGGUUCUGAGACUGCAUUACCUUGUUCAGAACCUGACGGCUUAUGCAAGAUGGAGGAAAUGCGUACACGUCCAGAUUGUCCCAUGGGUGUUGUAGCGCAUCUUCUGCUACUGCCUCUGCGUCCGAGACUACUGAACAAUACACUCCCAACUUUUUGUUGUACAUGGUUGAGAAUAGGUCUAUGAUCGGCCUUUUCCACAAUAAGAACAUUCUGUUCACUACUUCUUGAUGCAAGGACCACUCUGUUCCUAGGAUCUGGUCCCUGUGGCUCAAUUUGUUGGCCACUAUGUUUCUUUUUCCUGGAAUAUAUCUGGCUCUGAUGUCUACUAAGUUCUCUACAGCCCACUGAUGAAGUUGAACUGUCAUCAGGUGUAACUGCCGAGAUACUAGGCCUCCUUGCUUGUUUACGUAAGCUACUACUGUGGUUGUUGUCUGACAUCAAUACCACUGAUUGCUCCUUCACACUCUCCCGGAAUUCCUUUAGUGCCAGAAACGCUGCUUUUAACUCCAACACGUUUAUAUGGAGUUCUCUGCCCUCGCAACUCCACUUCCCUGAAAUCAUCAGCUCCUCCUUCGAGUGAAGCAUCCGAGGACAGCAAGAGGUCCGGAGAGGGUUGCUGAAGGGGAACUCCCACUGUCAGAUUGUUGUCCUGCACCCACCACAGCAGGUCUUUCCUCACCUCUGUCGACAAGGGAAUUUGCUCGUAUGGGUGAUCUACCGUUGGCAACCAAAACUCCUUCAUCCUCCAUUGCAAUGAUUGAAGGUGUAGUCUCAUGUGUGGUACCAGCUUUGCCGGGGAACUUAGAAUUUCCAGUACUACUUGCCACUGUUUUGCUGGCUGUGCUUGCUUUUCCAGAAAGGCAUUCACCACUUGUUUGCAUUUCUCUACCCUCUGGUCUGCUGGGAACACUUUGGCUUUUACUGUGUCUAUAAUCGUACCCAGAUACACCAGCCGUUGACUUGGAUCCAACUUUGACUUCUAGUUUUAUCACAAUGCCUAGGCUCUGACAAAACUGCAGAAGGGUAACGCUGGUAUGUCAUGGCCGUCCGACCCUACGACCGUGGCAUCUUUGAUCUCUGAUGGCCGACAUCGGCUUGAUCUAGAAUAGUUAGUAGGAGAACGUGACUGCCUAACUUCUUCUCUACUCACAGAUCUAGAGCGAGAACUCCGUCUAUACAGUAACCUCCCCGUUAACACGAGUUCUGUUAACACGAUUUCGAUCUUACACGAGUUCAAAAUCAUACAGAAAAAUUCUGCUAACACAUAAUAUUUGAUGUUACACGAUUUGAAUUUUCCGCUGAGAGCAAGAGCGCGGGAGGUGUGGCGAGAGUCUGACUGACCCCACCUUUCCUGCGCUCUCUCUCUCUUGCCUGCUGGCUCAGUGUGAAGCCAGCCCUCGCAGUGAGAAGAGCCAAUAUAUUCUAGCAUUGGUUAACAUAAUAGUGCGUACUUUACUAUGGCACCCAAGCGUCUUCUUGCCUCAAAGGAGAGUGAAUCAAAGAGAAGGAAAGUUGUGACCAUAGAAAAGAAGUUAGAAGUAUUGAAUCACUAUGAUCGUGGUGAAAAAACUUCAGUAAUAGUUCUCGCUACAGGUCUUAACGAGAGCACAUUGAGGACCAUAAGGGCGAAUGCUGACAAAAUCAGAGCUAGUGCUGUCGCUGGUACAUCAGCUUCCUCCUCACAAUGUUCCAGGGCAAGAUCUUUAGAGAUGGAGAGGAUGGAGAAGUUAUUGGCACAAUGGAUUCAACACCAGAACAAGGAUAAUGUCCCUCUCAGCAUGGCUAUUAUACAGGCUAAAGCCUUGAGUAUUCACAAUGAUCUGGUAGACGAGGAGGAGAAAGACAAAGUCAAGAACUUUAAUGCAAGUGCUGGAUGGUUCGCCAGGUUCAAAAAACGAUAUGGCUUUCACAAUCUCAAGAUGACUGGGGAAGCAGCCUCUGCCGAUGUAGAAGCAGCCAAGACAUAUCCAGCUACCCUCAAGAUGAUCAUCGAGGAAGGUGGCUACACAUCUAAGCAGAUUUUUAAUGUAGACAAAACUGGUCUAUAUUGGAAGAAACUGCCUAACCGGACUUACAUCUCGGUUGAAGAGACGACAGCACCUAGAUUCAAGGCCUCAAAGGAUCGACUCACUCUAAUGUUUGGUGCCAAUGCAGAGGGAGACUGUAAGCUGAAGCCUGCCCUCAUCUAUCACUCGGAAAAUCCACGAGCAUUGAAGGUAAGGUAUAAACGUCAAUUAUUAGCCACAAAAGAUUUGAUAUUUUUUCUCAAGAUUGUAAACUCUAAUUUUUAAUUCCUAAACCAUAACAAAAAAGAAAAUCGUGUCACCAGCUCACAAUUUACGGUGCACUAAACUAAUUCUGUUUGUUCUAGUGUCUUCACAGGGCUAUGUCAAGACCUUCCAACCCUGCUAUUGGUAUUCCAACAAAAAAGGAUGGAUGACGGGAAGCAUUUUUAAGGAUUACAUUGGAAAAUUGGAAAAAGAAUUUGAACUUUACUGUGAGAAGGAAGAGAUUCCAUUCAAGAUUCUGCUCAUCUUGGAUAAUGCGCCCAGCCAUCCUCCAUCAAUAGAAAAUCUAUCCAGCAACAUCCAGUUCACUUUCUUGCCACCAAACACCACUUCAUUGCUUCAGCCAUGUGACUAAGGAAUCAUCAAAACUUUCAAGUCUUACUAUCUACGUUCGACCCUGACUGACAUGGUUGCGAGGACACAAACAGAUAAGAUGACCGUGAAGGAAUAUUGGAAGCAGUUUACCAUCAAAGAUGCUCUCCAUUUUAUAAAAGAAUCUUGGGAGAAAGUGCCAAGGAAAUGCCUGAAUGGGGUUUGGAAACAUCUGUGUCCUCAAUUGGUGUAUGAUUUCGUCGGCUUUGACAUCAGUGAAAAUAUUUACAAAGCUAGCAAGGAAUGUCUUGUCAAGGCAAAGGAAGCUAGGUUCGAUGAACUUGAAGAAAAAGACAUUGAAGAACUGCUUGAAUCACACCGAGAGGAAUUGACAAACGAAGAACUCUUGGAGAUGGAGAAGCUACAAAAUGCAGAGUUGGAGGCAGCUGCAUCACGGCCUACAGCACCCACCCCAGAGCCUGAGCGAAUGCUAACAAAAAGUGAUCUUGAAGAAGCCCUGUCAUCCAUACGAGGAGCAUUAGACAUCCUAGAAGCCAAGGAUCCCAACAUCAACAGGAGUGCAACAAUAGCUAGAAAGGUGAUGUCAGAACUGAACUGCUAAACAGUAAUGCUUGAACAAAAGAAGAAAACAACACAAACAAAACUGAGCCAGAGAGCAGGGUGAGGAGAGAGAGCGGGACGAGGAAGGACAG